AUGCCAGUCGACACGUCUUCCCGUUUGAGCCUGUUGCGCAAACGCAUGACGCAACAUGGCCUUUCUCACUAUGUCAUUCCAAGCGAGGAUGCACAUGCCUCAGAGUACACGGCCGCCUGCGAUGAGCGCCGCGCCUAUAUCUCCGGUUUUGACGGGUCAGCGGGCUUGGCCAUUGUUGGCACGAAAGAGGCCUUCCUUUUCACUGAUGGGCGGUACUUCAACCAGGCUGCCCAUCAGCUUGAUCGCAAUUGGACGCUCAUGAAGCAAGGUAUGCCAGAGGUGUCGACAUGGCAAGACUUUCUCAUCAAGAACGCUGGCCCAAAUGUGCGUGUUGGUAUCGAUGCUUCUGUCAUUCCAUACAAAGAGGCACUUCAGCUCAAAAGUGCGCUUACGGCAAAGAGUGCAGAUCUGGUGGGCUUCGAAGGGAACCUGGUGGAUGAGGUUUGGGAGGGCCGCGACUCGCCACUCGCUAAUCCGAUCACCAUUCAUCCGACAGCUCUUGCCGGCGCAAGUGUAUCUGACAAGCUUGCAGCGUUGAGGUCAACUUUGAAGAAGGCAGGCGCACUCGCCUUUGUCUUGUCAUCUGUUGAUGAAGUAGCUUGGCUGUUCAACCUUCGAGGAUCGGAUGUGCCCUUCAACCCAGUGUUCUUCUCGUAUGCCAUCGUCACGAUGCACGACUCGUCACUCUUUCUACGGGCAGAGCAAACUACCGAUACUGUGCGCCAAGCUCUGCCUCAAGAGACGGUCAUCAAGCCGUACGCCGAGAUUCUGGCUGCUUGCGGCGCGCUUGGCAAGCUGGAUGGCAAGGUGCUCAUCAGUGCACGCGGAUCAUGGGCACUAGCGACGGCUAUUGGCAAUCAUGUCGAUACCAUUCGCUCGCCUGUAGCAGAUGCGAAGUCCAUCAAAAACAAGACUGAGUUGCAGGGCAUGCGGCAGUGUCAUGUUCGAGACGGUGCUGCUUUGGCUGAGUAUUUACAAGAGCUUGAGGUCAUGGCGCAGUCGAAUGCCUCGAUUGACGAAGUGGAUGCAGCCUCCAUCCUCGAGAACAAGAGACGUAAGAGGGAUCAUUUCGUUGGUUUAUCCUUCCCGACCAUUUCGAGUACCGGUGCAAACGGCGCUGUCAUCCACUACAAACCAGAAAAGGACUCUUGCUCAGUCAUCGACUGGACCAAGAUUUACCUCUGUGAUUCUGGUGCACAGUACAAAGACGGAACAACUGACAUUACACGCACCUGGCAUUAUGGCACACCUACGGCAUUUGAACGGCGUGCCUUUACAUUGGUUCUCAAAGGGCACAUUGCCAUUGCAACAGCCGUCUUUCCACGAGGAACGACAGGCUAUACGCUAGAUACAUUGGCUCGGCAGUACCUCUGGGCAAAUGGGCUCGACUACUUCCACGGGACCUCGCACGGUGUGGGUUCCUAUCUGAAUGUUCACGAAGCGCCGCUUGGUAUUGGCACCCGAAUCACAUUCGAUGACCUGGCUUUCUCACCUGGCAAUGUAAUUUCUAAUGAGCCUGGUUUCUACAAGGAUGGUGCAUUUGGCAUCAGGAUUGAAAAUAUCAUUGCCUGCGAGACUAAGGAGACGGCGCACAACUUUGGCGAUCGGGAGUACCUUGGCUUUGACACUAUUUCCUUUGCUCCGCUGUGCAGGAAUCUGAUUGAUGCCUCGCUGCUGUCUGUGCAAGAGCGUGCGUGGAUUGACGAGUACCAUGCACAGGUACUGAAUUGCCUGGGGCCUGAAGUGCAGGAGCAAACGAGGGACUGGCUCAAGCGGGAGUGUGCUCCUCUGUGA